GCGAGCCGUGCAUCCAGGAGCCAAAAAAGAUUAACAGCCCUCCGCGCCCCUCCGCGCACCUCCCGCGCCCCUCGGGGCACCGUCGCGGCUCCGCGAUCGCCCGCUGGACAUCGAGCGAAAGGGAUUCGUCUGGAGGGCACUUUCGGAUCGGGGGAGAUCUAUUGGAUUAGUGGGAUUAUCUGCCUGCAGACGGAGAGAAGUAGCGUUUGAUCAUUUCCAUUGCCUGCCUGAUGGUCGGAUUUACAUGGAGGUGGCUCGGCACGGAUGAGGCUGGAUUCCGGAUGGGGAUUUCCAGCCCCCCCUUCCCGCGCCCCGAUCCCAGGAAAGGGCAGAAAAAUAUAUAAAAAUCGGUAUAAUUGGGAAGUGUCCGGAGCACUAUUGGGAGCCCUCCCGCUCCCAGCGGCUGGGAGAGCCGGAGGAGGCGAAUCCAGCGGAUUACAGCUUCGGCUGCGAUUGCGGGAAAGCGGCCGUGAACUGGAUAUAGACCUGCGGCUAACUGGAUUUGAUUUAUAAGAGGGGAUUCUGCAGUAAAUGGCUGCUCUCUUCAUAUUGCUGCUAUGGAAAACAGAAUUGUCAAUAGGAUGUUGUCUGAUAAAUAGUGCUGAGUGAAGAUGCAGCUUCAAUAAGUGUGAAAUCAAUGGAAGAUACUUACCGCAUGAAAAGCCUUUUGAGAUUUUUCUGACAGGCACCUAUUUAGGAAACUUGAUCUGUUUCCUCCGGUCGCCCUGUUUUUACACCAGUGGAUACAAAUCAGAUUGCUUCACUGUAGUUACACAACUAAUGUGGGACCAUGGCCUUCCCAAGAUCCGUGUGGCUGAACUGUGUAUGGAGAGCGACGGUGGUCCGCCUGCUGCACACGGGAUUGAAUGCCACUUUUGCUUUUUCUAUACUUGGAUUUUUGCUUCACGCUGCAGCUGUGUCCUCCCAAAAAUUGGAUGAUACCAACCCAGUGGUGACCACCAACUUUGGCAAGAUAAGAGGGAUUAAGAAGGAACUUAACAAUGAAAUUUUGGGGCCCGUUAUCCAGUUUCUCGGGGUUCCAUACGCUGCCCCUCCAACAGGGGAGCGCCGCUUUCAACCUCCUGAGCCUCCGUCUCCCUGGGCAGAUAUCAAAAACACCACCCAGUUUGCUCCAGUGUGUCCCCAGAACAUUAUAGAAGGCAGGUUGCCUGAAGUCAUGCUUCCCGUGUGGUUUACUAAUAACUUGGAUGUAGUUUCGACCUAUGUACAAGAUCAGAACGAAGACUGCCUCUAUUUAAAUAUCUAUGUCCCAACCGAGGAUGGUCCCCUUACAAAGAAACAGACAGAUGAUUUAGGUGAUAAUGACGGUGCUGAAGAUGAAGACAUUCGGGACAGUGGGGGACCUAAGCCUGUGAUGGUGUAUAUUCACGGAGGGUCCUACAUGGAAGGCACUGGAAAUUUAUAUGAUGGCAGUGUUCUAGCAAGUUAUGGGAAUGUGAUAGUCAUCACAGUCAACUAUCGCCUUGGGGUGCUUGGUAAGAAGCUUUCAGCUUUCCACUAA